AUGAACCCGAAAGCGCAGACUGCAACGAAGAACACCUUUGCAGAGACGUUACUUCCACUAUACCACGGACCUCAAGUCACCAUCCGGCUCGGGUCGGAUGGUCCGACCUACAUGUUGUCCAAAGCUCUUCUGUGCAAGAAGUCUACCUACUUUUCGAAGAUGUUCGAGGGCAAUUACGCCGAAGCGAGGACCUCGUUUGCUACCCUCCAAGAAGAUACCAUCACCUUCAAGCCGAGCUUUGAGCUCUUUAUCGAAUGGCUGUAUCUAGGCAAGUUGACUCUGCCCGGCGAGGACCGCAGCAACCAGAUCACCUGUCUCUUGAAGUUGGCUCGGUUCGCCGAAAUGAGUGGCGUGGGUGAGUUGACAGACCUCGUGACUGCGAGCAUAAUUCAGGUCAUCACGGAGUCUCCAGAAAUCAGGAAGAAGCGCGGCAACCCGUUCCCAGCAAAGUAUCGCGGCAUCAAUGUAAAGCAUAUUGAUGUAGGGCAUCUGGCGGUCGUGGAAGAAUUGCCUACAUGGAAUGCUGUACGUCGGCUUCUGAUAAUGGCAUUGGUGGAACCAUAUUUGAGGGCCCAACCAUUCAAAUUCUCCGAAGAGCUUGUGCUGUUUUCGGAACUUGCAGUAGAUCUUCUGGCGGAGGUCAAAGAGACUAUGCUUGCGGCUGUGCCGCGCUCCGGAAGAAUCUGGAUCACGGACCCCCUGACACAGAUAGAGGUACCUUUGAAAUGA